AUGGCGGUGCUGACCAGCCCAUGGUUGCCCCUACUGCUACUGCUACUGCUGCUGGUCGCUAGCCGUGGCGGCUUCACCGCGGUUGCAGCUUCACCAGCCCCGGCCUCCCCCCUGGCCGCAAUUUCCUGCGACUCAGCCGCGAUUCGAAUCUUCUAUAACGGCAUCCAAAUUACGGCCACAUCCAAUUCUGAGGUGCAUGUGCCCAUCCGUUCCUCCGUAACAAGCGAAGAUGAUGAUGAUGUGACAGCUAAGAACGAAUCAGUGAUUUCCAUAUUCAAUUACCCACUUGAUCAAGGCACCUAUAACCUGGGCUACCCGAACCUCUUCUUCAACUUAUCGAGUAGAGGGUACACGGCCGCCUACUUGCGGGUGAUGCUGAACUUGGAGUUUCAGGAGCGCUUCAACGGCGGCUUACCUGGGGGGUGUAGGCCACCGGAUGUAGCGGACAUGAUGACCAACGACCCCAACGGACUGGCCGCCUCUGCAGGGGCUUCCGUGCCCCAUGAGUUGGGUCAGCCCGCAACAGCCACAGCAACAGUAACCACCACGGGCAUUGGCAGCUCGUCGUCAGCGGACCGUUCUGCGCCCAGCACUGGUGCAUCAUCGGCCCCGCUGGGCUCUGCGCAUGCGGGGGUCCCGACCGCGGUGAUCAUCGUCUCCUCGAUGUUGGAGGAGCUCUGCUGGUGCCUGCCUCUACUUGAGCACGGAGGCGGAUAUAGUGAGCGCGUGUUGCUGGACGGUAUGUAUGUGGGAUGA